GUAAUGUUUGUAAAUAACACAGACACGUUGAACUGUUUUUGUGUUGAGAGUGCUCUUUAUUCGCAAGUUACCUAGCUUUUCGUUAAAUAACAACGUCGAAAAUGAAUUUUGAAGAAAUGACGGUGAUCGAGGAACACAGUGUUUGCGAAGGUCCUGCUCGCAAGGAAUCUGGUAAACGUGGGAGAAAGCCAGGCAGGAAAUCGGCAGAAAAAGUGGACAUGAAAGCCAAAUUAGAGCGCAGUCGUCAAAGUGCAAGAGAAUGCCGAGCUCGUAAAAAACUACGUUACCAAUACUUAGAAGAACUAGUCGCCGAUAGGGAAAAGGCCGUAUUAGUUCUUCGACAGGAAUAUGAGCAGUAUCUGCAUUGGGCUAAGGAAAUAGAUGCGGGUAGGAUCCCAGAAGGAAUUCAUGAAGCUUUGGAAGACCUGAAUCUGAAUCAGAAGCUGAAAGUGAAUUGAAUUUAUUUUGUGAUAUACAUAUUGUUGCUCGUACUUGUUUAAUUUGAAAAUAGCACGUCAGUUAAAAUCAGAUUUUUAAUAUUCGUUUUGUAUUUAUUAAUUUUUUGUACGUUAUGAAAAAAUAUAGUUUACCAUAUUAUGA